AUGGGUGCUGUCGUCUCGACAUGCCACUGGGCUGACCGGUGCCCUGAGUUGACUCGCUGGGUCGAUCGCCUCUGCGGCUUUCAACCCGACAAAACGCUUCAGGCUGAAGUCGAGACGCAGGCCGAGGAAAUCUCCAUCCCCGAAAACGCCCCGGCGGAGGGCGGGUCGGCGGAUGGCGAUCCGGAUGAGUCGCCAGACGCGUAUGAAGCCGUGAUUUACGAGGGCGGCUACAAAGAUGGCAAGCGACACGGCUUUGGGGUUCUCGUGCGGCGGUGCGGCUCCCGCUAUGAAGGGUACUUUCUUGACGACGCCGCUAAUGGGCACGGAAAGUUCACCCACCCCUCGGGGGACAUCUACGAAGGCCAGUGGAAGUACAACAAAGCGCACGGAGUUGGGAAAUUCAUCCACGCGGAUGGAUCCUCUUACGAAGGUCAGUGGGUCGAGGAUGUCCAGGAGGGCCUUGGUCGCGAAGAGUGGGCGGACGGCUCGCUGUACGAAGGCACCUACAAGGGCGGAUUGAAGAGCGGCCGCGGCCGAUUCAUCUGGCCGGACGGCAGCAGCUACGAGGGCGAGUUCCUCGAAAACGACAUCCACGGCGAAGGCACCUACACGUGGAGUGACGGAAAGAUCUACACAGGGCAAUGGGAAAGAAAUCACAUGCGAGGCUACGGGCGAAUGACCUUCCCUGAUGGCCGUGUGCAUGAGGGCGAAUACGCAGAUGACCGGAAGCACGGGAAAGGUUUUAUGGUUUGGCCUGACGGCCGCUCAGUCGAGCACGAGUGGAGAGACGGCAAGCAGGUGCCGGGCGUCGGCAUUAUCCGCGACGCCACCAACAAGGCUCUGCAAGAUGCCAACGACGCGGACCCUUCGCGGUUUCGCAAAACUGUCUCCGCGGGGGCUCCGGCGGCGACGGAGGCCGCCUCAGCGAGUGCGGCGCCUGCUUACGACCCCCGCAAAACAGCGCUAGCAGGUGGCUCCCAGCAGGGUCAGGGUGUGUCGACUAAGAAGUCCAGCAAGGGCCGGGAAGCGACUGGCUUCCGCGCGUUCGCGAAGAGAAGCAGCCUUGCGGCUGUGGCGAGGCUGACCAGCUUGGAGAGGUCUGGUAGCGGAAAGAAGCGCGCAGCUGUCGCAAGUCUGUUUUCGUCCGGCCGAAAGAAAGCUGGAUCUGCGUAA